AUGUAUCGCGAUGACCUUUCACCUUGUGCCUGUCAAGUAACCUUCAGCUUGGUCGAUGAUGCCUAUGCGGAAGUAUUUACGCUCUUCUCAUCUAAAGCUGCGCACACCUGGCGCCACAAUUUCCAUGUUACCCAGAAAUCUCCCAAAGUCGACUAUACCUUGGGUGAUAGAACCAUAACCAUAUCGCAGGACAAUUCAGCGCUUGGCCGCUUAGGUGUGACGGGUGUUGUUGUCUGGGAUAGCGCUGUGGUUCUGUCUAGGUUGUGUGAACGUGGAGUUUUCGACGUUCGCAACAGGGCCUGCCUUGAACUAGGUAGUGGGACAGGCCUAUUUGGGAUCGCACUGGUUACACUUGGUGCUCGCACUAUUGUGCUGACUGACAGGUUCGAUGAGCUGAAGCAUGCGGAGAAAAAUAUUCUGAAAAACAUAAAAGAGGCUGAAGAACGGGCCAGGAUCCAGUUGGUGGAAUAUGAGUGGGGUUCUGACACCAGGUCCAUCUUUCAGGCGCUUCGGUGCAAGGAGGAAGCUGGUGAUGAAGAAAUAGCAAAGCGAUCGACACAAUUUGACUACAUCUUUGCUAGUGAUUGUGUGUAUAACGAACACAUCGUUCCGUAUCUAGUCGAAACGUUCAAAAAAUUCUGUUCUGAGUCAAAUGGCGGAGGUUCGGUUCGCUGUGCAGCCAGCGAGGCCUCUGUCGUAGAAGCGCGAUUGUGGCCCGAAAAUACUACCCUAGUCGUAAUUGCGCAAGAGUUGCGAUCAGAUAGUGUCCACCUAGAGUUUCUCGAACAGAUGGUACAAUCAGGCUUUUGCAUGGCUCGAUUGGAAGGUAUCGGGGAUGUUGUGCAGAAUUCUGCGGUCUGUCUCUAUGUUGCAUGGUUGGAAACUUAG